CACCACGUGACACCAACCCAGGUCCCGCCCUCACCCUCCGACCACGUGACCCCCACCGAGCGGCUCACCUCGCCAUGACCCCGCCCCUAACGGCGGUCCCGCCUCCCUGCCUCUGACCACGCCCCGUUCCAGGUCACCGUCCUCUGCGCACGACACCAUCACGCCUACGCAGACAUGACUCGCUUCCGGUUAUCCCUCCCCACCCAGACAUGACCCACUUCCGGUUAUCCCUCCCCACCCAGACAGGACCCACUUCUGGUUAUCCCCUAACCCUCCCUCACCCAGACAUGACCCACUUCCUGUUACCCCCCCAUCCAGACAUGACCCACUUCCUGUUACCCCCCAAUCCAGACAUGACCCACUUCCUGUUACCCCCAAUCCAGACAUGACCCACUUCCUGUUACCCCCAUCCAGACAUGACCCACUUCCGGUUAUCCCUAACCCUCCCUCACCCAGACAUGACCCACUUCCGGUUAUCCCUAACCCCCUCACCCAGACAUGACCCACUUCCUGUUACCCCUCUCACUCAGAAAUGACCCACUUCCAGUUAUCCCCUAACCCCUCCUCUCCCAGACAUGGCCCACUUACUGUUACUCCUUAACCCCCCCCUCACUCAGACAUGACCCAGUUCCUGUUAGCCCCUAACCCCCACCCCUCACCCAGACAUGACCCAGUUCCUGUUAGCCCCUAACCCCCACCCCUCACCCAGACAUGACCCAGUUCCUGUUAGCCCCUAACCCCCACCCCUCACCCAGACAUGACCCAGUUCCUGUUAGCCCCUAACCCCCACCCCUCACCCAGACAUGACCCAGUUCCUGUUAGCCCCUAACCCCCACCCCUCACCCAGACAUGACCCAGUUCCUGUUAGCCCUGAACCCCUCAUCUAGACAUGACAGUUAAGAGAGUCAACCUCAUUGUUGCGGCUGCGGAGUCUCUUUCUCUCUAUCUCUGCCUUGAAUAUAGUCAAUACCCCCAGCAGCCCUCUGCUGUAGGGAAUCCCUUCAGAGAGAGAAGAAAUUGCUCCCAUUCCUGUCUUCAAUGGGCAGCUAUUCCCGAUCCUUGUUCACUGGGAGGCGGAUGAAUCCUUGGGAUUUUAACCGUAAGACACUGGAAGAGCAGCAGGCCAUUCAGUCAGUGAAUGGGAUCGGAGCUGAUUCGAUAUUCCUCCUGCCUCCUUCCUUGCCUGUUCCGUCGGUUUCUCUGACUGAUCAGAAAUCUCUCGAUCUCAGCCUUCAGGACUCUGUCCCCUCAGCCCUCUGUGGCAGUGAGACUCUCCAUUCUCAGACAGAAGGAAUUCCUCCUCAUCUCAGUCUGAAGUCCUCUCCAGCAGAGAAGGCCGUGAAUGGUCAGUCUUGCAGUACAGGGUCAGCGUCGCUGCCGUUGCCAUGGUUUCCCGGAAGCAGGAGAGGUUACUGCGCUACGUGGAGGAUGGCAACGUGUUGAAGUUGAAGUCCUACCUGCGCAGACACCCCGGGCUGUCAGUGACAUUCAGGGGACGGAAGGGCCGAAGCCCACUCCAUGUGGCCUGCUCCCAGAGAGGCGACGCUAUCAUCAGGCUGCUCCUGAAACACGGAGCAGACCCCUUACUCCAGGACCACAGGGGCAAUACCCCGCUGCACCUUGCUGCCCGCCAGGCAGUGAAGAGAGGAACCAGAGUCUAUGAGGAUCUGGUUGUCCCCCUCAGGAAGUCUUGCCCAGCGGCUAUGGAUGUGCUCAACAGGGAAGGCCUCACUCCUGGAGACCUGCUCGGGUCGAUGAAGAUGUGGCAGCAAUGUCCAGGGGCUGAGGAAGAGAACGAGAUAGCGAAGGAUCAAGCCGACAGGGAGUGGUACCAGAAGCUCUCUGCUGAAUGUGAGGCUGAGUUCUACACCCAGUGUGGGCGCUAUGAAGAAGACCUGUCCACGGGAGAGGCAGAGCCUGAGACAUACGAUACCUGGGCCGACCGCCUGGCGAGGGAGUACGCGGCGAAGCGAUGCAGAGGGGCAGGGAACAGCUGGAGCAGGGAGCAGUGGGCCAAGGGGAAGGAGAAGGAGCAGCAGGAGCAGGAACACCAGCGAUACCUGGAGCAGGAACACCGGCGAUACCAGGAGCAGGCACAGAGGCUCCAGGUGGAGCGGGCAGCUAGCCACAAGCAGCGAUAUGAGCGAAGCUGUGCCCACAUCUUCGGUCAGGGCUCUCCGGGCACCAGGAUCCCGCUGAGAUACAGCGACAUCCCGUGGCCUGCUCCCGGCGGCACGGUCGAGGAGAUGGUGGCGGUGAUCCUGCACGGGGUGGAUCGCGGAGAUCCGAGUGUCUACCGCCGCUACCUGAGGGGGCAGCAGGUCAUGUGGCACCCCGACCGCUUCACCCAGCGAUGUGGGGACCGCCUGGCACAGGCUGACCGCCAGAGGAUCCUGGACACUGUCAUUGCCCUGUCCCAGGCCCUCAACAGGCUGGCUGAUGGUGCCCGCUGAUGGGCUGGACAGUACAGGGCUGGGAUGGGCAGAGUGGCCUCCUGCUCCUGCAUUGUGAUUCCCUCAUCGGCCUCCCUGUGUGGGCCAGCAGGAGGGGCUGGGAUGGGUAGAGUGGCCUCUUGCUCCUGCACUGUGAUUCCCUCAUCGGCCUCCCUCUGUGGGCCAGCAGGAGGGGCUGGGAUGGGCAGAGUGGCCUCCUGCUCCUGCUCCUCCGCUGUGAUGCCCUCAUCGGCCUCUUUCUGUGGGACAGCAGGAGGGGCUGGGAUGGGCAGAGUGGCCUCCUGCUCCUGCUGCACUGUGAUUCCGUCACCAGCCUCUCUCUUUGGACCCUGUCGGAAUUUCCCAAUCCAACCCACACCUUCCGAACUGAGAGUCAAACCCAUUUGAGAACAGCUCCAUGUUAUCCCAUCCGGAACAACAAUCCAUGCUCGCCUGGACGUUGACAGAGAGGUGGGGUGGUAGGCAGGCUGACAACAUCAAACAAUUCCAAAGGUGGGGAACAAAAAUCAAAGACUCGCUGGUUAGCAGGGCUGCCUCACAGCACCAGGGACCCGGGUUCGAUCCCACCCUCGGGCAGACUGUCUGUGUGCAGUUUGUACAUUCUCCCCGUGUCUGGGUGGGUUUCCUCCCACAGUCCAAAGAUAGGCAGGUUAGGGUGGAUUGGCCAUGGGAAAUUGUCCCAUAGUGCCCAGGGAUGUGCAGGUUAGGGUGGAUUGGCCAUGGGAAAUUGUCCCAUAGUGCCCAGGGAUGUGCAGGUUAGGGUGGAUUGGCCAUGGGGAAUUGUCCCAUAGUGCCCAGGGAUGUGCAGGUUAGGGUGGAUUGGCCAUGGGGAAUUGUCCCAUAGUGUCCAGGGAUGUGCAGGUUAGGGUGGGAUUGGCCGAGGGGACAGUGUCCCAUAGUGCCCAGGGAUGUGCAGGUUAGGGUGGAUUGGCCAUGGGGAAUUGUCCCAUAGUGUCCAGGGAUGUGCAGGUUAGGGUGGGAUUGGCCGAGGGGACAGUGUCCCAUAGUGCCCAGGGAUGUGCAGGUUAGGGUGGAUUGGCCAUGGGGAAUUGUCCCAUAGCGCCCAGGGAUGUGCAGGUUAGGGUGGCUUGGCCAUGGGGAAUUGUCCCAUAGUGCCCAGGGAUGUGCAGGUUAGGGUGGAUUGGCCAUGGGGAAUUGUCCCAUAGUGUCCAGGGACGUGCAGGUUAGGGUGGGUUGGCCAUGGGAAAUUGUCCCAUAGUGUCCAGGGAUGUGCAAGUUAGGGUGGGAUUGGCCGAGGGGACAGUGUCCCAUAGUGUCCAGGGAUGUGCAGGUUAGCCAUGGAAAAUGCAGAAUUUUGGGGAUUAUAGAGGGAGCCUUGGUGGGAAACCCAUUGGAGGGUCAGUGCAGACUCAGUGGGCUGAAUGGCCUCUUUCCACACGCGCGAUUGUAGUUUCUCUCUGAGAAUGGGUGUUGUCAGGGGGAGAUAAUACACCCCACAGCCAGCAAUGCACUUCCGAACUGCCUGCUAUCCCAGGUUAAAACUCAUCUCUCAUCCAGCCUGCACCCAGUCAGACACACGAUAAAGAGCUGACCUUCUGUUUGUAUCGUUAUCAGUUUAUUCUGCAUCUUAUUAUUUAUCACAAAAUAAAACAGCUGACAUCUUCAGGUUUAAAUACAAA